AUGGAGAUCGACAUGUCGUGUCCCUUCGAGUGCCAGUGCGGCGCGGUCAGAUGCAGAGGCUUGGUGUCCGGCUUUUCAAACCUUUCUCGGGUCGAGCAGAAGGAGUAUAUCAACGGGGGUGCGACGAGGUCCCCGUCCCUUACCGGCGCCGUGAAAAUGUGGGCUGAGGAACACAACAUUGUAUAA